GCAACUGACAAGUCAUCAAAAAGAGUAACAAGAAACAAAAUCUGUGCUCCCACACUUUACCUCCUUUGUCCGGAUGCCAUGAUACACACCAUGCUUUCCUGGCAACCAGGAAAUACUCCAACGUACUCCCACAAGAUAAUUUUGGGAGAGGUGUGAGUGAGGAAGGGACGUGGAUGUGAGAGGGUGGCUAGGCCCAUGUGGCACAAGGAAUCAAACAUUAGGGCGACCUUUGUCCUCUUGUUCAUGUGUCAAUGUUUCUAAUUAUCGGCGCCGUACCACUUUGGUCGGGGUCACUCCAUGUGCAAGCUACUGCUGUGUUGUCCGUCCUCAAGAUGAUCUGCAUCUUCCUUCCUUGUAGAGUCUACUAUAUCUUGGCCUUGCAGGUUGCAGCCUUUCCCCUUGAGCUGCAAUGAUGGGGCUGCAGGACACGGGCAGCAGCCGGAGGAGCAGCUUCUUCCAGUACCAGAGGCUGGAAUGCCGGGACGACGGGGCCACCCCGCGGCCCAGGCAGCGGCGGUGGCUGCCGUCUCUGAACGGCAAGGCGGCCUGCUCCUGCUUCUUCCAUCUCAAGAAGCUCAGGUGGAGCAGGAUCACUUCGGUCCUCCUGCCAAGGAAGGUCUCCGAGCCCUCCUCCAAGAUCCGCCAUGCAAGCGUGGCGCACGCCGAGGAUGCCUGCCCGAGCAUCGUCUUCUUGUCGCAGUGGGGGCUGCCGGUGCUCUCCGGCCCGUCGGUGGGCGGUAACAGGGGCAAGUACCCCCGUGGGAAGGGCUACUGAGAGGCAGCAGGCUUCUGCACAUUUUUCAGGUGUCGUCUCUGUUCCCAACGAUAUAGUAUAUGCGUGUGUAUGGUGUGGUAUAUAUCUAGGUAUAUACAUCUAGCUGAUCCUGUAAAUCGAGUUGUGUUUGUUGCUCUCUGCCGGGAAGGAUCUGAGUCUGAGAUCGGGUGUGCCCUGCUGAUCGAUCGUGCGCAGAUCCUGUGCGAAAAAAUGUAGGUCGAUUUAAGUUGAUGCCAGGCAGAAGAACUACAGGCAAGACUCACUCACAGCGGUCCGUGUGAAUUGUGUUGUGAAGAUUGUCCUUGUCCCAUGAACCGGUUUACAUUCUGCAACGGGGAUUAGACAGAUAGGCACCGUCUGCAACGCAUGAACCUUUGUAAGUUUGUACGCCGUGGAAAACGAACUGAUUUUCGUGAAAUUCCUUGGCUCCAACAAAGAAGCUCGAAAUGUGUGAAAAGAGUGGCACCAAUGGAAUGUUGUGCUUCGCAGUUUGCUUACACUGCGGCUCUACUGCUGUUGGCCUAGGAGCGAGAAACAGUGUCCUGAUUUGUGCGGCCUCUUCAGCCGUCAACUAGAUGGUGG